AUGGCCCCGUGCGCGUGGUCCUUCCGUGGGAGUCUCAACCAGUUCCUCGCUAACGCGCCGAUCCUGCAGUGUCUGGUCGUGCUGGUGAGCUUGUUCAAUCUCUCUCUGUGCCUCUACGAAGAUCAGGUCGGCAAAUUCGAUUGGCGGCAGAACUACGUCGGAAAAAUUAAAUUUGCCAGCUUUGACACGGUGUCCACGGCAAAGAAGAUCAUCGUCGCCACCGAGGAGAAUGUUAUCGCCGCGCUUAAUCUGAAAUCGGGCCAGAUAUUAUGGAGGCGAGUGUUGGAGAAAGGUUAUGGUGGCCACAUCAGAACUCUAGGAGGUGUCACAGACGGAGAUCUGAUAUCCGUAAGCGGAGGCGUACCUGCGAUCGUUCGUGCUUGGGAUUUGGCGACCGGGCAUAUACUUAACGAAUGGCCGAUAGCCGAGCCAAACAGCGACAGACACAUAUCUCCGUUUAUGUCGUUUUCUACAUUGGGCUUAUACUCUGCUGACAGAAUAAAAGAUGUAAAGUGGCAUAUUAAAGAUGGAACACUUCAUCAUAUAUUACCCAUUUAUAAUAGCGGAGUAGAAGUGACAUCUUAUGACAGUAAGACUGGAGAGAAACUAAAGACUCGAAGGGUUUCCGCACCAUUUAUAAGUCAAGAAACAGAAUGUGUUUUAGCAGCUCCAUACUUGGCAUGUUUGAAGGGAGACAGUUCUUUAGCUGUAGUAUUCUUAGUACAUCUAUUUGAUCCCAAUGCCCAAUCACAAUCAGUUACUAUAAAUACGAUAUUUGGAGCUGGUGCUCAAGGCCCAUAUAAGCUAGAAUCUGUACUCGGCGAAGGACCUGUAAUUUCUAUUAAUGCCGAUAACGAUCAAAGAAAGCGGAUUUUGGUUAUUGGAGAAUUUCCAACACCGGGCAUUCCUAUACAGAGAGACAUUGCUGGUGACGCGACUCUUUAUGUUGUCUCUGUUGACAAUGAGAAAGUACUUUUGGAAACGACAUAUAAAAAUGGGAAAAUAGAGAUAACGGCCACAAACCUGUUAUCGUCUACGCUUAUACCUGAUUUAUCAGUCACUCUAACUCACUCUUCUAUACAAUCGCCGACAAUAAUGGCAUCUGUUUGCCCGCGGCAAACGAAAGGGAUAACAUGCCGUCAUUUGUUGUCUUCGCAAGAUCACAGUAUUGCGCUACUACAACACAAUAAAUUGGUGUGGACGAGGGAGGAAGCACUCGCCAGUAUUGUGGCCGUUGAAAUUAUAGAAUUGCCUAUGUCCGACAGAGAUCAAGCUAUUGAGACGGAAUUCGAUCAGAAAGAGAGUAUUGAUGUAGACGGUUCAUGGGACGUCCUAAGUAUGUUUCUUCGGAGGAUCACCUCGCAGAUUAAUCAAGCCAGAGCAUUCUUUCAAACAAUACUGGAUUUAGUACCUCAGCAAUCCAAUCAACGUAUUGAUCUCGUGCAAGAUAAGUUUGGCUUGCACAAAAUGAUCGUAGCCGUUACAUCCGCCGGCAAGUUGUAUGGUAUAGAAACUAGAAAAGGCGAAAUUAUUUGGCAAUUCAGAAUACCUAAUAUCCACGGUUUUACAAAACUGUCCAAUACGAUGAUCCUGUAUGUACAAAGAGGUAGCAGGCAUUUUCCUCAUCCACCUCAAUGUGCAUUGUUAGCAGAAGAUAAGGAAACAGGAGAAGGUGUUAUAUAUACCUUUAAUCCGAUUACCGGACAGUCAUUAGACGGGCUGAUAAAACUUGGUUACAAAAUAAAACAAUCUAUGUUAUUGCACGUAGCAACCGACGACUUUUUGCGUGGUAUCCUUAUUCUUGACGCACGGGAUAAGGUUCAUGUUUUUCCCGACAGUGCUACUGCAGUUGCAGCUUCACUCGGAAAAAACACGUAUCUUUUUACUGCUGAUCAAACGACAGGCAUAUUAUCCGGCUUCUCUCUUUCAUACAGCACAACUCAGGAAUUAAUCGCUCAUAAAGUAUGGGAGCUGUUGCUGUCGCCGAGAAACCAAAGAAUAACGCAAGUUGUAGCGAAGAAUCCGAUAGAACGUGUCCAUUCGCAAGGAAGAGUCUUAAGUGAUAGAUCAGUAUUGUAUAAGUACAUUAAUCCUAAUUUAGUGGCCAUAGUGACAGAAGGCAUUGGACAUGCCCAUAAAAAUGCGCUUAAUUUAUAUCUGCUAGAUGUAGUAUCUGGAGCUAUGAUCUUUUCUAUCACGCAUAAGAGAGUACGUGGUCCAAUUCACAUUGUGCACUCUGAGAAUUGGUUGGUUUACAGCUACUUUAGUGAAAAAGGUCGUAGAACAGAAAUCGCUACGUUAGAACUCUACGAAGGAAAAAUACAGAGCAAUACCACAGUAUUCUCUUCUUUAGCAACAACAAAAUUACCAAUUGUAGAAAGACAAGCUUUCAUUUUCCCGGCAUCUAUAGAGUAUAUGCAAGAAACAAUCACAGAAAAGGGUAUCACUAGCAAACAUAUAAUAGUCGCUUUAGCCAAUGGUGGAAUAUUAGAAUUACCAUGGAUGAUGGUGGAUCCACGACGGCCUAUUAAUCCUGAAAUGCGAGAAGAAGGAGUAAUACCGUACAUGCCAGAGAUUCCAGUCCAUAUGGAUGCUAUUAUUAAUUAUAAUCAAAGCGUUUCUAGGGUUAUGGGUAUUCAUACUAGUCCCAGUGGCCUUGAAAGUACUUGUUUAGUUUUUGUACAUGGUCUUGACCUGUUUUACACAAGAGUGGCACCAUCUAAAACAUUUGAUGUACUGAAAGAGGACUUUGAUUAUUAUCUUAUUGUGAUAGUACUUGUUGCGCUGUUGAUCUCAUCAUACGUCACCAAAAAGUUAGCAUCCCAAAAAGCUCAAAAGCAAGCGUGGAAAUGAUGCCUCGUUUUUCUAGAAUUAUGUAAGAUUUAUGAAUUUGUUCACUAUAGGCAAGAAAUUUUUCUAAAAAUAACUUGUAAAAUAUACUGUUUUAUACAAAUAGCUAACUUUAAAACAUAAGGUAAAUGCUAAUACUUUAUUAUAUUUUAUCUAAAAAUCAUUCAAUCUUAAAUCUAAAUAAAAACACAUAAAAUGUAUAUAUUUUAUUUGAUUAAUCUGAUACAGAGUGCACAUUUGCGAUGAGUUGAUUUUUUAAAGCGUGAUGAUCAAUGUACGAUGAGAGUGGAUCAUGAUCAUUGAUCAUUAAAAUAACUGAUAACAUGCUCAAAUAUAAUUGCUUCUUUCUUAUUUGUAUACAAUUUUUGUAAAAGGUGAGACGUUUUUUCGAUAUCUGUAUGCUUUUCAUACAAAUCAAAGCAAGAAUCGGCCAUUUCUAGAAACAACCAUGAAUAAGAUUAUGUUUAUAAUAUAUUUUCUGUAGUAAAAAUAUUAAAAUAUUAAUAUAUAUGUAUACUAAAUAACGCUAAAUAGAAAUAGAUAUUUGUUUGAUGCGCAAAAGAGAAGUGUGAUUAUCACAUUAAAUAUGACAUAAUCUAAUUAACAAAUAAAUAUUAAUAAUUUUACUUCACAGUUAUAUGCAAAAUAUACACCAGAACGAUGUAUUUUGCAUUUUUCGCUAUAAUUCGUAAUUCUUUAUAAUGGUAUGUAAAUGUUACAUGUAAAAAGUUUAUGCACAUUUUACAUACUUAUAUAUUUCAAUUUCUUGUAAAGUGUUUUAUGACAAAAACGUUAUAUAAGACUUAUUGUUAGACUCAAUUGCACUAAUGUAGUUCUAAUCUAGUUUUAAGAAUUAGAAAAAAAUACAAAGUAAAUUAAGCCAAGUUUAAACUUAAGUUACAUUGGUACAAACGGAUUUAACAAGAAAUAUCAUGUAAAAAAACAUCAUUUUAAGAGAACACAACAUUUUUAUCACUGCUCAAUUUAGUUGAAAAAUUUAGUUAUUUACGCCUCCAGCAUUUAUUUUAUAUAUAUCACUGAUCCAUUAUUUACAUAACUUUAAAAAUACUCUAAAAUUGAAAAUAUUUCAAAGUAACAAGUUGAAAAAAGGUCAUAUUAUAAUUAUUUGCAUUUAUAUAUGCAUUUUUCUUAUUUGAAAUAGUAAAUUACACAAUUGUUAGAUUAGAGAAAUAUAAGAGUUUUAAAUUGCUUCAAAAAUUACUACUAAAAAAUUAGAAAUUAAAUUUAAUUAAUAUUAGCUUUUCCAAUUUUAAUUUCCAAAUCAAAUAAAAACGAUUUAUUAGUGCGCGCGUGAAAAAGAAAUUGAAAUUAAUAUAAAAUUUAUAUUAAGAUGCAUGUGUGCGUGCGUGUGUCCAAGGUAUGCAACAAUUAUUUCGGCACGUAUUUAGGACGCGCUUCUAAAGAUGUUAAUAUGCUUUUUUAUUAUUUUAUCUUUAUUGUUCAUUAGACAUAAAACAAAGAUAUAAUAAUUAAAAAAUUGCACUAUCUUUAUAAGCAGUUUGGAUCUUCACAUAAUAUAAAACUGAAGGAAAAAUUAUAUGUAAAUAAGUAUACAAUAUAUAUAAUGUAUGUAUACAUAUAUAAUAUAUGUGUGUGCAUAUAUAUAAUAUAUUAUAUAUAUGUAUAUGUAUGUAUAUACAUACAUAAAGCACCUUACACACUUUUGUUUUAUAAUGUAUUGCUUUGUAGAUAGUAAACAAAGAUAUAAUUAUGUGUAAAUUAUUGUAAAAUGUGGAAAUAAUUAUAAAAUGUUAGAAUUAUAUACAAAUAAAAAAAA